AUGGACGAAGAGCGCCUCGUGCUGCUGGGGCUGGUCCAGAAGCGCCAGAGCGUGGACAACAGCUCGCCCUACGUGUCGAAAGCAGGCGGUACGCCGGCGUAUUACUCGACGCAGCCGCCGUCAGCAGCGGCGAACUUGACGUGUUCGAACUGUGGCAAAGGACUGUUCUUAGUCGCCCAAGUGUAUGCUCCAGUCGAGACGGACCGGACGCUGUACGUCUUUGGGUGCAACUCGGUGUCGUGUACCCAAGUGCGGGGCAGCUGGCGAGUGCUGCGCGAUCAGGUUGAGCCAGUGGAGGCGACUGCUGCUCGAGCGGAAGUGGACCAAGUGACCGAGCAGAUUGACAAAGUGACGCUCGCUUGGGGGGCAGGCAGUGACGGUAGCGACUGGAGUGACGACAAUGACGACGACGACCAUAGCCACAGAGCAGAUGAUGAUCUUGUCGUGGACCUCGAGGCGCUGCUGCAACAGCGUGACGAGGCUAUUCAAACGAGCGCAGUAACGACUAGACCGACUGUAUCGUCGCAGAAGACAGUACAGCAGCAGCAACAGCAGCAGAAGGAGACUGCUACAAGCAAUGGUGGGAACGCGUUCCCAGCUCUGUUGAUCGAAGUGGUCGACGAACCGUACGAAGCUGUUACGGCUGAGCACGACUUUGCGCACGAGAAGGAGUUGCUGGAGCAGUACAUGAAAGCCGAGGAGGAGGACAAGCCCAGCGAAGUUCGAGACUUGCGCAACGUGAUGAUGAAUGCACAGAAGAAGAAGAGCGGCGCCGCGCAGUCGACCGGUGCAGCACAGUCAACGGGCGAGUCGUAUGAAAAGACACCAGCGGAACAGCGGCAUUUGCUGCGCUUCCAACAGCGAAUCCGCCGCUGUCCAUUGCAGUGUCUUCGCUAUGAUUACGGCGGCGAACCGCUGUGGCCAGUGGUGAAGCCACAAGGUCUGGAGGUCCCGCAUUGUCCUGGUUGUGGACGCGAGCGCUUGUUCGAAAUGCAGUUGACGCCGACCAUUAAUUAUUUUCUGCAGGUCGAUAAGUACGCAGUCGAAGUCGGCCCCGCGUCUCUGCAGCAGCAAGCGCGUCCGACGGUGCACGGAACGACGGCCAGUGGUUCCACAGCAGUCGUGCCACCGGGUGGUAUGGAUUGGCUCAGUCUCCUUGUCUACAGCUGCGCUGCGAGCUGCUCGCACAGUCACGAGGAGUUCAUCUACGUCGUGCCGUCUCCGACGUGUUAA